AUCUUUUAUACCUUUUCCCCCUUUUUUUGUGCCUUUUUUUUGCUUUCAUUUUGCACACGCAAGAACAAAGUAUUUAAUUUGCAUCUCCUUUUUAUAACAACAUCAACAAGAAAAAUCAUCACUAAACAAAAAAUAAAAAAUAAAAAAAUGGUGAAAGAUAGAACAAUUGGUGUUGCAAUGGAUUUUUCAAAGAGUAGCAAAACAGCUUUGAAAUGGGCAAUUGAUAACUUGGCUGAUAAAGAUGAUAUUUUUUACAUCAUUCACAUCAAGAAUCAUUCUUCUGAUGAGUCACGUAAUAAGUUAUGGGCUAAAUCUGGUUCGCCUUUGAUUCCGUUGGCGGAGUUUAGAGAGCCAGAAGUAUUAGAGAAAUAUGGUGUGGAGAUUGAUAUUGAACUUCUUGAUAUGCUUGAUACUGCUUCUAGGCAGAAAGAGAUAAAAUUUGUGACCAAACUAUAUUGGGGAGAUGCAAGGGAGAGAUUGUGUGAAGCUGUUGAAGAUUUGAAAUUGAAUUCUUUGGUUAUGGGUAGUAGAGGCCUUACUACCCUCCAAAGGAUAUUUAUGGGAAGUGUGACCAACUAUGUCAUGUCUCAUGCAACCUGUCCUGUCACGGUGGUCAAGGAUCCUGAUUUUCACAAGCACUGAUUAAGAAUUCUAAAUUAAAUAAAAAUUUGUAAACUGUUUUUAUUUUUCUAUUGUUUCUGAUUUCAAUAACUAGUGAAAAAUUGACGAUUUGAUCUUAUUUGUUUGAUCUAUCUUAUCUUACACUUUUUUCGUA